UCCGCGAAGAUGGGGCUGCUUGUGGGAGCCGUGCCCUUCCAUCUGCCGUUUCUGCUCCUCCGUCACCGGUCCCGGCGCUGGCGGCCUGGUCUCUAGCCCCGUUGGAGACAGAGGGAGAUGUUGGCGCAGGGGGGUUGACCAUUCCGCUUGAUUAUAAACUUCUGUGUAGAAAUAUUACCCUUUACGGCACGCCUAGUCCGCCUUUUGUGUAUAUUUUGCGUCUCGGUUUUACAGCAUCUCGCUGCUUUGUUUCCAUUGCAGCGAGUGAGCUGUGAGGAGUUCACCUGCAGAAUCCCUUCCUCCAGGAAGUGCAGACUAACGAGAGCUAACCUCUGGAAAUAAUUGUCAGCUAACAAGGGAGAAAUAAGGAGACUACUACAAUGACAGAUCCUUCGGUGGUGGAUCACCUCACACGACUGAAACUCAAACUCCUAGAAAAGAGACUAGAAAAUGAACAGGAGAACCUAGAGAAGAUGGAGUCACCUCUCCCAGCUGCAAGGAACAGACGUGAAGAUAUGCUCCAAAGUGCCCUAAGGCGAAGGAAAGAUCUCCUGCAGGAGCUUAGGGAGCAGCACCUUCUGGAAGAGCUUUCACAGCCCCCUGCACCAGCUGGAGGUCACUGUCAUAACCACAGAGCUGCCCCCCCGCACAUCUACCAGAUACCUUUUCCAGCUCCCCAAGCGGAGCCACCAAGGAUUAUCCAGCAGACGAUGCCGCCUCAGCCUGCCACCAUCAUCCAGCAGUUACCUCAGCCGUCCCCCCUGAUCACGCAGAUCCCCCCUGCCCAGCCUUUCGCAGCUCCCCGCUCCGGAAGCAUUAAAGAAGAUAUGGUAGAGAUGAUGCUGAUGCAGAACGCUCAGAUGCACCAGAUCAUCAUGCAGAACAUGAUGCUGAAGGCUCUGCCACCGAUGGCGUUCGCACAGCCUGCUGGAGCCAGCUCUGCCCUGCUUCAGCACGCACAGCAGGACCUGCAGGUUGCUGCUCCCCUGGCUGCGAAAGCAGACAGGCCCAGGCCAUCUGCGGUGCACCACCACCACCACUACCCUUCCACAGGAGCGCUCCCAGUGCCCCACGGGGGCUUCCCGUCCGCAUCCACGGCGCAUCGCUGGACCGGCAGCGCGCUCCCUGCCCUGCCUACGUGGCCCACAUACUGACAGUACGUGUUCCUCUACAAGUGGACCAUAGCAUUGCUGAGGUCAACCUGUAUUCGAACAGCUCCUAAAUAGUCUGUCUGAUCGACAGCCUAAUGUCUGUAAGACUGCAUGUUGUUGAUACAAGAAGCGAGCGGGAGAAAGACUGCAGAUGUUCAGAACAAACGGACCAUGCACCUGUAGUCUGCUCACCCGUUUCUGCUAGUUCAGUUGUUUCCUCUCAUCUUCCAAGCCCAGACCAGCCACAAGCAAGCACCACUUUGUUCGCUGUCUCUUCACAGAAUCAAGAAAACCCAUCCCAAAGUGUCUUGCAGGCCUGGGCAUGAAAUAAUCUUAACACCAGUGUUAUCUGAGCCCUUGCAAAUGAGUAUGACCCAGCUCCAGGGCUGAGAGUCCCCUUCACGUGCAAACUGAGGAAAUGCCCCUUGCAAAGGGGCCUGCUGCCAUCCUGGGGAGGCUGAUGCAAAAUUCAGGAUGCCUGAAUGAGGGUUUAGUCACCAAACCUCAUCGGCGUGAAGUGGUCCUCCCUCAGCGUUUUUGGUUUUACUCCCUCACAGAUACUACUUGUCCUACAGUAAUUACCUAUGCGGGGAACUGAAGAUGAGCAGGAACCAUCCAAAUGCAAGUUACCUGCUCAGCAGAGAAAAAAACCUGGCAUUGGAUUUCCCUGAAGACCAGCACUCUGCCCUGCCUGUGUGAGUUGGCUUUACGCACUAUUUGGAUAAAUAAUUCUCAGUGGAGAAGAACAGAAAGAAAUCUGCUCCUGCAGUCAUCGGGUUUGAACGUUGAAGUGCAAUGCCUACCCCCAGCUAACCGCAGUCCACGUUUUCUGCCCCAGGAGGGCUCUGACUCUCAGUCUCGCCCGUAUCUCACAUUUACAAAAGCUACCCAAGGUUUUCUUCUCAAAGAGCUAUUGGAAGGUGAUUUAAGCAGCCUGGAAUUGUGUAUAUUUGUUUCAUUAUUUCUCAACCUUUCCCUCAUAUAAUCAGGGGUUAGACUCGAUUUUAAAAAAAUAAUAAAAUCCUGAGGUUCUUCCUUGGA